AUGUAUGACAACAUCUCUGAUUUCACAAGAUAUGAUGACGACCAUGAUCCCGAACACGGUGAAGAAGAAGUUUUACAAACAUCCAUUAAGACAGGAAAGGAUUUAACUCAAAGUCUCAUUAUUGACACCAAAGAUGGCGAAGUGGACGUUCUUCAAGAGCUGAAGAAAAAUACUUCUUCGGGAGGUGGUUGUAGGCAUGAACUUGAAAUAAAUGAGAUAGAAGAGAAAUUAGCCGAAAAAGCAGAUAAAGAACAUAAACACAAUAUCUCCGAUAUAAAUGAACUUCAAGCUACAUUAAAUAGUAAAGCAGAUAAAAACCAUGUUCAUUAUAUAACUUCAGAUGAACAGAUUAUAACGGACUACCAUGGAUAUUUAACACGAAGUGAUGAAGCGAAGACAAAAAAUGUUAAUGAAAGAAGAUAUAAAUACAUUCGUGCUAAAGGUUAUGACAUAAGCUGUACUGUACAGUAUGAUGUAGCUAAAGCACCAGAAGCAUUUGGUUAUACCGGUGAAAUUUAUGCCUCUACUUUCAAUGUUAACGGUGUAUUAGUUGAACCAAGAUUUAUGUUAAGAGUUAAGUCAAAAAUAACGUUUGAAGAUGCUAUUAAAAGUAAAGCUGACAAAGUUGAACUCGAAGCAAUGAACAAAGUUUUGAAAUCUCAUAAACACAACAUCUCCGAUAUAAAUGAACUUCAAGCUACAUUAAAUAGUAAAGCUGACAAGAACCAUACACAUAAAUCCUUCACUACUGUUAGAGCAGACGACAUAAUAUUGAACUAUACCCUUGGUUCAAGUGCACCUUUAGAGAAUCCAAGUACAAGUGUAAAAGAUACACUAAACUCCUUAAAUAGUAAAUGUAUGAACAUUGAAGGUCAUGUCAGAAACUUUGAAACACAUGAACUACCAGCAAUGUUAGAUAAGAAAGCAGACAAGAACCAUACACAUGAUUUCUUCACAACUGUUGGUAUAGAAAGUAUUGAAGGAACGGUUGAAGAAACUGGUGGGGAUGCAUUAUAUUGUAAACCUCCUAACUUUCCACAAGGUUUAACAUCGGAUGACGACAUAACGACGAUGAGAAACAUUAGAUGUAAAGAUGUUUAUGUCAUGAAGGAUGAAUAUAAUAUUAAAUUCACUGCUCAAGAUUUAUAUGACAAGAAAGCAGACAAAACAGAGCUUCAAACAUUAAAGACAGAAAUACUUCAAACAUUAUAUCCUAUAGGCUCUAUUUAUACGUCAAUGAACUCAACAAAUCCAGAAACAGUUUUAGGUUUUGGUACGUGGAAGCAGAUUGUAGACAAAUUCUUAUACUGUGCUAA